AUGUUAUUAAGUUAUGAGAUUUCAACAUCCAACACAAAACUCUUCUUGAUUAUACAUUAUAUUUUCCUUUUUUCACUUCCAUUUUGUUGGGAAAUUUCAAAAGACGAAGGAAUAAAACAAGGAGAAGAAAAAUCCAAUUACGAACUCUUCAAAAAAAAAUCAACUGAGAUGUUGAAAGGAAGAAGGAAAGAAAAUUUGCAGACUCAAUUUACAUUUAAAUGGCGAUGUCUUGUUGGAUUACGUGAUGUGGGAGGACGUAAAUGCAUCCUGUCUUGCUUAAGACGACGUCUCUUUACGUCCCUCCAUGUCUCUUCUGAUUUAAGAAGGAAUUCAAAUCACAGAAAAUCUAAAGCAAAUGAAAAAACAUGA